AUGCGUUCCGUACUCAUGGGCUCUGCAGCAGCCCUCGCCGGGCUUGCUCGCAUGGCCGCGGCUGCCACCACGUCGUCCGCUUACACGGAUGCCAACACCGGCAUUGACUUCCAGCAAUACUAUGCCAACGGCGGUGCGUUCCAAUUCGGUAUUGCGCUUCCCGAGACGAUCGAGUCGGAUUUCAUCGGACAGCUCGUUGUGCCGAUCACAGAGACAGGAGGAUGGGGAGCUGUUUCGCUUGCCGGGGGCAUGUUGAACCACCUGCUGCUCGUUGCUUGGGCCAACGGAGACGAGGUUGUCAGCACUUUCCGAACAGCCAGUGCAUACGCCAACCCGGCCGUGUACGACGCCACCGAGGUCAGCGCACUGCCCAUCGAGAAGGGAACCUUCGUCAACAGCACCCACUUCUCCUUCACCUUCCUCUGCGAGGGAUGUAUCGUCGGUGGUACCACGACCUUCAAGCCCACAGACGAGACUCCCAUCUUCGGCUGGGCACUCUCUGCUGAGAACCCCACCACUCCCUCUGACCCCGCCAGUGAGCUGCCCUACCACGGCGCUGGCUUCGGUCUGUACGGAGUCCCAGCUGCCAGCGCCCAGUCUGCCAAGUUCGAGGAGUGGGCUGCCAUGGCCUCCAAGGCCACCACGCCUGCUCCGCCUGCUCCUGGCGCUGGCAGCAACUCGACCGCCCCGGUUGGUGGCAACGGCACCUCUGUCAUCCCCACAACCUCCAACAGCACCUACGAUGUGAUCGUCGUCGGCGGUGGUCCUUCUGGUAUCAUUGCUGCUGAGCGUAUUGCCGAGUCUGGCGCCAGCGUGCUCCUGAUCGAGCGUGGCCCAGCCAACACUGUCGCCCUCGGAUCCGACAACGCCCUGCCAUGGAAUGACACCCUGACCCCUUACGAUGUUCCCGCCCUCGGUAGCAGUCUUUCAGGCCUUUCCGGGACCAAGAUCUGCAGCGACACCGCCUCGAUGGCUGGUUGUCUCCUCGGAGGUUCCAGCUCCAUCAACGGCGAGAACUUCAUCCACCCUCCUGCGCACGACUUCCAGAACUGGCCCGCGGGAUGGUCCUGGGACGAUGUGACUAAGGCUUCUGAGCGUCUGUACGAGCGUAACCCCGGUACUACGCUGCCUUCCAAGGACGGCAAGUACUACGACGACACGGCCUUCAGUGUUGUUUCCUCCUACCUGGAUGCCCAGGGCUGGACCGAGGUCGACUCCAUCAAGUCUCCCAACGAGAAGCACAUGAUCUACUCUCGCCCCGCCUGGUCCAUCACCAACAACCUCCGUGCCGGUCCCGCCAGGACCUACAUGCCCCACGCUCAGGCACUCGACAACUUCACCCUCAAGCUCGGCAGCAAGGUCGUCCAGGUCAAGCGCGAUGGCAGCAGCGUCACCGGUGUCCUCGUCGAGGCUGAGGACAAGAGCCAGCAGAUCAUCAACCUCAACCAGGGUGGCAAGGUCGUCCUCGCUGCAGGUGCUCUGUCCACCCCUAGGAUCCUCUGGAACUCUGGUAUCGGCAAGUCUGAUGCUCUCAAGAUUGUCCAGGGAGGUACCACUGGUGUCGAGCUCCCCGAUGAGGCGGACUGGAUCGAUCUCCCCGUCGGUCACGGCCUCAAGGACCACGCCCAGGCUCCUCUGUCCUUCAACAUCGCCAGCCUCGACGCCUACGACUUCACCGGCAUCGCCACCGCGCCCGUCGAGUCUGACCUGGACCUCUACAAGCAGGGCUCCGGCCCAAUCACCCAGGCCGCCCAGCGCAUGCACCUGUGGACCUCCAUCAAUGGCACCGAUGGCGUCGAGCGCUACCUCCAGGGCACCGUCAGCGCCAUGAAGGACGGCAUUAUCACUGUGCGCACUUUCCUGACCCACGGCACUACCACUACGGGCGAGCUCGGCAUUACAGCUGGCGGCAAUACAGUCCUGAACGUCAAGCCUUGGUUGAUCACCGACGGCGACAAGGAGGCCUUCACCACCUUCAUCCAGUGGUGGAUAGACACCACGACCAAGAAGAACGGCAACGCGACCCUCGCCGCCGCGGCCUCCAUGGCCAUGGACGCCGACGCGACCCCCGAGUCCAUCAUCACCAACAACCUCAUCUCGGGCGACCACUGGGUCGGCACCGCUAAGAUGGGCACUGACGACGGGCGCUCCAACGGCACCGCCGUCGUCGACACCGACACCCGCGUCUACGGUACCGACAACCUGUUUGUUGUUGAUGCCUCUAUCCAUCCCGACCUGCCUACCGGUAACACACAGGCUAUCAUCAUGAUCGUCGCUGAGCACGCGGCCGAGAAGAUCGCCGCCUUCGACGUCGCCACCGGCAGCGCUGGCAGCCCAGGUGCCGGUGCCGAGACCGAGGUCCCCUGCAAGCGCAGGAAGAGGCGUGACUCCACGGGCCGCGUCAUCCGCCGCCGCUACUAG